AUGAGGCCGAUAUUAUUGUCAGGCCAUGAGCGGGCCUUGACGCAAGUCAAAUACACGAGAGAUGGCGAUAUCAUCUUCUCAGUCUCGAAAGAUCACAUCGUUUGCGCUUGGUAUUCCGCCAACGGAGAGCGAUUAGGGACAUACCAUGGACACCAGGGUGCGCUAUGGACCGUCGACAUCGACCCCACGACAACGUUGCUCGCCAGUGGCGGCGCCGACAACACUAUUCGGCUGUGGGAUGUCAAAACCGGGAAACUUCUGAAAACCUGGGACUUCGGAUCGAGUAUCAAGCGAGUUGAGUUUUCUCCGGAUGGCACUCAACUAUUAGGAGUUACCGAAAAGCGAGUCGGCCAUGUCAGCUCCAUCGUCGUUUACGAUAUCAAGCAAGAUGUGGAGGCGGAGCAGAGCAGCGAGCACGCUUUGAGGAUAGUGGUCGACGAAAGCAAGGCGACUGUGGCUGGCUUCAGCUACGGAGCGAAGUAUAUCAUUGCAGGUCACGAAGAUGGGUCUGUUUCGCAAUUCGACGCAAAGACUGGCGAACUUCUAGACACUUUCCAAGCACAUGAGCCGGACUUUUCCGUGACAGAUUUGCAGUGGUCGCCGGACCGGACAUACUUCAUCACUGCUUCAAAAGACAAGACAGCAAAGCUUAUCUCGGCAAGCGAUCUUGCUCUCCUCAAGACCUACGUCACGGACACUCCAUUAAACAGCGCCGCUCUUACGCCAGUCAAGGACUUCGUCAUCCUUGGCGGUGGUCAAGCCGCAAUGGAUGUCACCACCACCUCGGCCCGACAAGGCAAGUUCGAAGCCCGAAUUUUCCACAAAAUCUUCGAGGAGGAGAUCGGGCGCGUGCGAGGCCAUUUCGGGCCCCUCAACUACGUUGCGGUCAGCCCCGAUGGGAAGAGCUACUGCAGUGGCGGAGAGGAUGGAUAUGUGCGCGUCCAUCAUUUCGAUCGACCGUAUUUCGACUUCCUGUUCGAGGUGGAGCGGGAGAGGGCGAAUAUCUGA